AUGAAUGCUCUUGAUUCUAAAGUUGAUGGCACUUUGAUGUUAAUGUAUAAAAUUGUGGAAGAAUUAUUUAAAAUCAAAGUUCAUCUGGGUAUUUCAAGUACUGAAGCUGGAGAAACCAGUAAGGCUGCUACUGGUUCAGUUCCUCAAACAGAGAAAGAAAAAGAAAAAGAGGAAGAGAAAGAAGAAGAGGAAGAACAGGAAACAGAAGAGGAAGAAGAAGAAGAAACAGAAGAGGAAGAAAAAGAAACAGAAGAAGAAGAAGAGAAAGAGGAAGAAAAGGAAGAAGAGGAAGAAGAUGAAACUGAAAAAGAUGAAGAUGAUUCUGAUGAUGGAAAUGGUAAUGGAGGCAGCAAAGAAGGAAAUGGGAAGGAUAUGAGUGACUCAGAAUCUGAGACAGAACCACAGACUCCUGCUCCUGCUGCUCCUGCAAAAGAAAAGGCAAAAACAGCUCAAAAGGAACAAAGAAGCAAGCAAAAAGAGGAAACUGGUAAACCAUCUGGCAAAAAGACUAAAACUGGCAAAAAGUUGACAGCAGACCGUACUCAUGCAGAAUCGAGUUAG